AUGAACUCAAUAGCUCAAAGAUAUACAAAUUCAAAAAAUAAUGAUAUAUUAAAUGAAAUAAAUUUAAUCAACAAUUCACAAUCAUCAAAACAACAAUUAAAUUUAGCACCAUCAAUUUCAAUUCCACCAAUAUCACAACCAACUGAUUUUUUGAGAGCUCAUACAGAUGAUUCACAAAAUCCAGAUUGUAAAAUAAAAAUUGCUCAUGGUACAACAACUUUAGCAUUUCGUUUUCAAGGUGGUAUUAUAGUUGCAGUUGAUUCAAGAGCAACCGCAGGUAAUUGGAUUGCAUCACAAACAGUUAAUAAAGUCAUAAGGAUUAAUCCAAUGUUACUAGGUACAAUGGCAGGUGGUGCAGCUGAUUGUCAAUUUUGGGAAACUUGGUUAGGUACACAAUGUAGAUUACAUGAAUUAAGAGAGAAAGAAAGAAUAUCAGUUGCAUCAGCUUCAAAAAUAUUAUCUAAUUUAGUUUAUUCUUAUAAGGGGAUGGGUCUUUCUAUGGGAACAAUGGUAUGUGGACAUACAAGAAAAGAAGGUCCAACAAUAUAUUAUGUUGAUUCUGAUGGUACAAGAUUAAAAGGUGAUUUAUUUUGUGUUGGUUCAGGCCAAACAUUUGCUUAUGGUGUAUUAGAUUCAGAAUAUAAAUGGGAUUUAACAGUUGAAGAAGCUUUAUAUUUAGGUAAAAGAAGUAUAUUAGCAGCAACUCAUAGAGAUGCUUAUUCUGGUGGUUCAGUUAAUUUAUAUCAUGUUAAUGAAGAAGGUUGGACUUAUCAUGGUAAUUAUAAUGUUGGUGAAUUAUUUUGGGAGGUUAAAGAUAAAGAACAUUCUUUUGUUAAUGUUGAAGAUUAA